GAAGAAUUUACACCGGAAAGUAGCGAAGCGGGAGAUUAGAAAACCUAAACAAACUUUUUUGGAGGUCGACUUCUGAGUUAUUGUUAUUUUUUGUUUGUUUCAUAUAGAAUAUCUAUCGAAAUGUUGAAGAAGGCGCCCAAGCUGAAAAGUGUAAUUAAAACGAGGGCGAAGGGCAACAUAAAAGUGAGGCCGGCGUCAGAGGCGAUGAUUGAACUGAUGACUCUGCUGUUCCUGAACAGCCUGGCUGAAGAGGCGAAGACCAAAGCGUUUGAAGAGAAAGCUGUGACGAUCAGAGCUCAACAUGUUAGAGCAGUCUCCAAGAAAGUGCUGAAGAAGGCAAGAGGAUGAAGAGAGUGAAGAGCAUCAUUUUAUUUUCAUAAUCAUUAUUUUGGAAAGCAGUAGCAAUAAUAUUUUUUGGAAUAUGACAUCACAUUUUGGUAUUUUUAUUGUAUUUUUGUGCAAUUUCUUUUUUGUUCUA